AUGAAGUUUGCCAUUCUCAGCCUUCUCCCCCUCCUCGCUGCGGCCACCGCCAUUGGCGAGAGAGAUGCAGACGAAGCUAGCAUGAAGGGCGUCGCGCCCAACAACGCCCCUCAGGACGACAAUAGCCUCGCGGGGCUCAUGACUGCGUCUGAGAAGGGCAAGGCUGACCUUACGGCCACUUGCCCUCCCAACUACCCCAAAUACUGCCCUGCUUUCAAUUUUUGCUGCCCUUCUAUCGCAAUUGGCUGCUGUCCGCGCGCCUGCUGUGCUCCAGGUGCUAGACGCUGCGUUAACGGAUGGUGCGCGAGAUAA